GAGCAGGAGCUCGCUCGCUCCUUCACUCGCGCUCUUCGCGGCUCAGUCAGUUUCUGGCGGCGGGAGGAGCCUGGACCCAGGCGCCGCCGGCGGGCGGGAGGCGCCGGAGCCUGGCCUCGAGGUGUGUCCGGGAUUCCCUUGCGCAUUUAACCAGGAGCCUGCGCCCCAGUGAGUCCCGGGAGCGCCGCCGGCCGGUGCCCAGCGCGCCAGGCCAUGCAGCGGCGGCCGCGGCGAAGCUCGGAGCGGCGGUAGCGCCCCCUGUGUGGCGGCCCGCGAUGCCCCAGCCACUGUGAACUGUGCCACUCUCAGCCCGGGAGACGCUCGGCUCUGCGCGCCUGCUACCAGUACCGAGGAAUCGAGGGACCAGCGCACACGGGGGAAGGCCGCCAGGAGCUGGCAGAGGAGGCCGACCGGUGCAGGGCGGGGACACCACUCGGGCUGACUCGGACUGGCACUGGCGGCUAGGGAUGUCGUCCUGGACAAGGUGGCAUGUCCCCGCCAUGGCGCGGCUCUGGGGCUUCUGCUGGCUGGUAGUAGGCUUGUGGAGGGCUGCGCUCGCCUGCCCUACGUCCUGCAAAUGCAGCACCUCUCGGAUCUGGUGCAGCGACCCUUCUCCGGGUAUCGUGGCGUUUCCAAGGUUGGAGCUUAACAGUGCAGACCCUGAGAAUAUCACCGAAAUUUACAUAGCAAAUCAGAAAAGGUUAGAAAUCAUCAAUGAAGAUGAUGUUGAAGCUUACGUGGGACUGAAAAAUCUGACCAUUGUGGAUUCUGGAUUAAAAUUUGUGGCUCAUAAAGCAUUUCUGAAAAACAGCAACCUACAGCAUAUCAAUUUCACCCGAAAUAAACUGACAAGUUUGUCUAGGAAACAUUUCCGUCACCUUGACUUGUCUGAGCUGAUUUUGGUGGGCAAUCCAUUUACCUGCUCCUGUGACAUUAUGUGGAUCAAGACUCUCCAGCAGGCUAAAUCCAGUCCAGAAACUCAGGAUUUGUACUGCCUAAAUGAAAGCAGCAAGAAUAUUCCCCUGGCAAACCUGCAGAUCCCCAAUUGUGGCUUGCCAUCAGCAAAUUUGGCCGCACCUAACCUCACUGUGGAGGAAGGAAAGUCUAUCACGUUAUCUUGUAGCGUUGCAGGUGAUCCGAUUCCUAAUAUAUACUGGGAUGUCGGUAAUCUGGUUUCCAAACAUCUGAAUGAAACAAGCCACACACAGGGCUCCUUAAGGAUAACUAACGUUUCAUCUGAUGACAGUGGAAAGCAAAUCUCUUGUGUGGCAGAAAAUAUUGUAGGAGAAGAUCAAGAUUCUGUCAACCUCACUGUGCAUUUUGCACCAACUAUCACAUUUCUCGAAUCUCCAACCUCAGACCACCACUGGUGCAUUCCAUUCACUGUGAAAGGCAACCCCAAACCAGCGCUUCAGUGGUUCUAUAACGGGGCAAUAUUGAAUGAGUCCAAAUACAUCUGUACUAAAAUACAUGUUACCAAUCACACGGAGUACCAUGGUUGCCUCCAGCUGGAUAAUCCCACUCACAUGAACAAUGGGGACUACACUCUGAUUGCCAAGAAUGACUAUGGGAAGGAUGAGAGACAGAUUUCUGCUCACUUCAUGGGCUGGCCUGGAAUUGAUGAUGGUGCAAACCCAAAUUAUCCUGAUGUAAUUUAUGAAGAUUAUGGAACUGCAGCGAAUGAUAUUGGGGACACCACAAACAGAAGUAAUGGAAUCCCUUCCACAGAUGUGGCUGACAAGGCUGGUCGGGAACAUCUCUCGGUUUACGCUGUGGUGGUAAUUGCAUCUGUGGUGGGAUUUUGUCUGCUGGUAAUGCUGUUUCUGCUUAAGUUAGCAAGACAUUCCAAGUUUGGCAUGAAAGAUUUCUCAUGGUUUGGAUUUGGGAAAGUAAAAUCAAGACAAGGUGUUGGCCCAGCUUCAGUUAUCAGUAAUGAUGAUGACUCAGCCAGCCCACUCCACCACAUCUCCAAUGGGAGUAACACUCCAUCUUCUUCAGAGGGCGGCCCUGAUGCCGUCAUUAUUGGAAUGACCAAGAUUCCUGUCAUUGAAAAUCCCCAGUACUUUGGCAUCACCAACAGUCAGCUCAAGCCAGACACAUUUGUUCAGCACAUCAAGCGCCAUAAUAUUGUUCUGAAAAGGGAGCUAGGAGAAGGAGCCUUUGGAAAAGUUUUCCUAGCUGAAUGCUAUAACCUCUGUCCUGAGCAGGACAAGAUCUUGGUGGCAGUGAAGACCCUGAAGGAUGCCAGUGACAAUGCGCGCAAAGACUUCCACCGUGAGGCGGAGCUGCUGACCAACCUCCAGCAUGAGCACAUCGUCAAGUUCUAUGGUGUCUGUGUGGAGGGUGACCCGCUCAUCAUGGUCUUUGAGUACAUGAAGCAUGGAGACCUUAACAAGUUCCUCAGGGCACACGGGCCUGAUGCGGUGCUGAUGGCUGAAGGCAACCCACCAACGGAGCUGACGCAGUCGCAGAUGCUGCACAUUGCCCAGCAGAUUGCAGCAGGCAUGGUCUACCUGGCCUCCCAGCACUUCGUGCACCGAGACCUGGCCACGCGGAAUUGCCUGGUUGGGGAGAACCUCCUUGUGAAAAUCGGGGACUUUGGAAUGUCCCGGGAUGUGUACAGCACCGACUACUACAGGGUCGGUGGCCACACGAUGUUGCCCAUUCGUUGGAUGCCUCCAGAGAGCAUCAUGUACAGGAAAUUUACCACAGAGAGUGAUGUCUGGAGUCUAGGGGUUGUGUUGUGGGAGAUCUUCACAUACGGCAAACAGCCUUGGUACCAGCUAUCAAAUAAUGAGGUGAUCGAAUGCAUUACUCAGGGCCGUGUCCUACAGCGACCUCGAACGUGCCCCCAGGAGGUAUAUGAGCUGAUGCUGGGGUGCUGGCAGCGAGAACCUCACAUGCGGAAGAACAUCAAGGGCAUCCACACCCUCCUCCAGAACUUGGCCAAGGCGUCUCCGGUCUACCUGGACAUUCUAGGCUAGUGCCCUUUCUCCUCGACCGAUCCUUCCCAACACACCUCCUCAGACGGGCAAGAGGAUGGACGUCUUUUAACUGCCGCUGGAUGCUAUCAAAAUGCUGUUCUUAACUCUGACAGUAUUAACAACAAAGACACUGAGACGCUUUCAGAGGGAAGCAAUGUGUACUUCUCCAUCUGUAGACACAGUCUUGACUUCUUUUUGGCAUUCUCUCUUCUCUCUUUCCAUCUCCCUUGGUUCUUCCCCCAGUUUUUGUUUUAUUAUUAUUAUUAUUAUUUUGUCUUCCCUGCUUCUCAGUCCUUACCUUUUCUUUUUACUCAAUCUGGCUUCUGCAUCACUAUUAACUCUGCAUAGACAAAGGCCUUAACAAACCUAAUUUGUUAUAUCAGCAGACACUCCAGUUUGCCCACCACAACUAACAAUGCCUUGUUGUAUUCCUGCCUUUGAUGUGGAUGAAAAAAGGGAAAACAAAUAUUUGACUCAAACUUUGUCAUUUCUGCUGUACAGACACCGGGAGUUUCUAUGGAUUCACUUCUAUUUAUUUAUUAUUAUUACUGUUCUUAUUGUUUUUGGAUGGCUUAAACCUGUGUAUGAAAAAGGAAAACAUGUAUUCAAUCUGGGAAGCCUUUAUCUAUGGGAGAUUAAAAACAGAGAGAAAGAAGAUUUAUUAUUAACCACAGUAUGGGAAGAACAAAGAUGACCUUUGGGAUCGGCUGGUGUCAGUCCCAAUUUAGGAAAAACCCAGCAACUAUUAGCCGGAAGGAACAUAUUCAGCACCUUCCCCCAAGAACCUUUCUGAGGAGUGAAGAGACUGUUGAACUCUGUGCCAUGGGACUAUUCUUUUCCCAUCACCAAAAGCACCAUAGUGUAGGAAAAAGAAAAGAUGGUGUCAGUGAGGCACAAGAUGUUGCCUCAUAGGUUCAGAUACAGUCUUGUAUCUGUAGGUUGUGGUGAUAACACAGGGUUGUAUUUCAAGUGUUAUCUACCCAGCCUUUGGCACAUUAGGCUGAAAAUAGGUGGAUUCUUGUCCAGAGAUAAUUUCAGGAUCAGGUGUGAAAACC